AUGGCGGUAACUACAUCGCAAACAACAUACUAUGGCUCUCCAAUCCAUGACGGAUUUGCAACUAUCCGUGCCCCCAGAAGUCGAAUCAAGAUAAGGAAUCUAGUUGAACCAAAUAGUACUGCUAAUCUACCUCAAAGGCAUUCGGAAUAUUUUACAUUAAAUAGAACAACCAAGAGUAAUUUCUUAGAGAGUAGUUGCGGUGUUCAAUAUGCAACGGGCGAACCACCUCCAAAUAUAUACGUGAAUAGACCUUCGAGAAUCAGCUUCACUGAACCUAUUUAUACCAAAGUAACUCCGCCACAUUCAAAAAGCAGCUCUCCAGUAAAGUGUGCUAAUGGGCGACAAGAAACUCAUUACGAUUCAAUAGAUACAAAACCUCGCAGACGUUUGAAAAGCUUAGAAAUGUCAAAAGAGACGGAACCAAUGAAAGAUGAGAAAAUAAGUAUCUCAAGCCUAACUAACGGCGAGCGUUAUUCGCAUGACACGUAUGUAAUGAACCAAGACGUUGAACAACAUUCCGUACGCACAAAUACUACGGGAUCUUCUGUCGAUUACCGAAAGAGAAAUAGCGAUCGAGAUAACUGUUCCGAAUCUUCUUCAUACCUCACCGACAACGACCGCCCCAUAUCUAGUUAUAGUGACAAUUCUACAAUACCAUCUACUGACACGGAAGACGUAUUAAAAGAAUUGCCGAACAAAUCUAGAUUUCAUAAAUCUCCACAAAAGUUUGCUACCCUUAAUAUGAGAAGACCUAAAUUCAUAGAUCUCAAACCCCCGAGUAUAAACGAGAAUCCAUUUUACGGAAGUCUGCAACGAAACAAAAUUGGGUAUCAUUCUGAACCAAAUACCCCUUUGAAUGGUGAUAGCAAUGAUUUGAAUGAUACAAGUGGCAUUCCAAGUGAAGUACAACAGAUUCCGCGCAUGCCCUUGCAAAAUACUCGAAAUGGUUUCAAGAGAUCAGUGAGUGAAACAAACGGUUUCUCGAAACGGCUUAGCUAUAGGCAUUCCUUUAGCGUAGACUAUAAGCCGCAACCGUUCAGUAAGAAACCACAUAAAUGCUGUGAAUGUAUAACUGGAAUACCAGCUGAUGACGAACGAGAUCCUUCACCGUCUUCAAGAACAUUGGGCACGUUAUAUGAAUCUCAAGAUCCUAAAGUUGGAUGUCAAACAAUUUUAAGGUCGAAACCUCCUGUGCCUUGGUGGGAACUUGCCAUUAAAAAAUCACGAUACAAAAGCUGUCCUAUCCUCGAAGAGGCACACGUGGUCUCGGCCUUCGAGCAGAGUCUCUCAAACAUGACACAGCGGUUACAGCAGCUAACAGCUACAGCAGAGCGAAAGGAUUCAGAAUUGACUGAGUUGCGGCAAACGAUCGAACUUCUUCGAAAACAGUCUAUCCAAGCAGGUUUGACAACGGCGCACAUGCAAUCUAUGGGAAUACGCGCCGAUGGAGUCAAUGUUACGGGCCCGGAACCAAAUGCAACUCAAACCCAACAAUCUUCGCCGCAGCGAUUAGCUCAGGGCAAUGGUGCGAUCACGAGGCAUCUAUCAACUGACAGCGUCUCUAGUAUUAACAGCCUUAGUAGUGGCUCAUCUGUGCCACACGAUAAAAAACAUAAAAAGAAAGGAUGGUUGCGCUCAUCGUUUACAAAAGCGUUCUCAAGAAAUGCGAAGAUAUCUAAAACAGCGAAACAUUCCUCCCUCGGGCAACUAUCAUCGCAAGACAGUUCGUCGGGCUCUCACCACUACGACGAUCCGCACACGAUCCGUGAGGGAAGCAAUGAAAACAGUCUGGAACAUUCCCACGAAACUCUUGACAAUAGCAAAGAUAAAACAACGUGCCCUCCAGCCAGUGAGGAACAGACCAAAGAUAAACCAGAUCAGUCGGGCUUAGUAGAUGAAUUAAAGAGGCAGUUGCGAGAGAAAGAUUUGGUGCUAACAGAUAUAAGGCUCGAAGCGUUAAGCUCGGCUCAUCAACUAGAAAGUCUUAAAGACACUGUCAUUAAAAUGAGGAACGAGAUGUUAAAUCUGAAACAAAACAACGAGCGACUUCAGCGACUGGUAACAUCUAGGUCGUUGGCCGGCAGCCAGAGCUCGCUCGGCACCGGCGGCUCUGCCGUUGAAGAUCCUAGGAGAUUCAGUUUAGCUGAUCAGUCUACUAUGCAUCAGGCCGCCAUAGACAUACAUUCCCAGCCUCUAGACUUAGACUUUAAUUGUAUGAGUUCGACUCCAUCCCGGGAUUUAUCCAAAAAAGGAUCACCAAAAUCAAGUAUCGUCGAGCCGAUAUACGGCAACAAAGCUGUGUGCGAACUCAAUGAAAACAGUGAAGCCUUAUUGGGAGCUUUAAAUGGUGCGAGUGACAUAUUUACAAAUGGACUCAGCGCCGGGGAACGGUUAAGUGGUGAUUACGAUAUCAAUACAGUCCUACCUCCCCCUAAAAGUCGAGAGUUAGCGAUAGGGGAAAGCUAUUCAGAUAUCGGUGUUGCCGAUAGUCAGGGUGAUACGACAGACGGAAAGAAGAUAGCAAUAGCGGUAUAUUUGGGACAACCAGAAACAUUCCAAAGAUAUUUUGAGGAGGUUCAAGACACGUUAACCGAAUCGGAAUGUCGAUUCUAUUCGAAGCAAGCUAGUGGUUUUAACAAUCACUUCGAUAAACAACCCAGUUUUGAUUCACCAAGAGUAUCCCAAAACCAUAGUCCCGAAGUCGAAAAUCAAGACUACCCGCAAUCUAUAAAUAAGUCAAACACAAAUAGCCUUAAAAGUAACAAAUCUACGCACAGUAAUUCGUAUAAGAACGUAUAUAAUAGUGAUUCGACAAUAAACUGCAAUGAGUUUACAAUAGCCUAUACCUAUAUAUCUGGUAAGACGACUUGGCAGAACUUAGACUAUAUAGUUAGGAAAACUUUCAAGGACUAUCUAUCUAGAAUAGAUCCUGGGACUAAUCUAGGGCUGAAUACAGACUCUAUUACGUCAUACCAUUUGGGUGAAGCGACACGAGGUCCCGAAAUAAGCUUUCCUGAACUAUUACCGUGUGGAUAUAUUAUUGGAACUGUGAAUACACUGUACAUAUGCUUACAAGGAGUUGGCAGCCUGGCAUUUGAUAGCCUUAUACCAAAAAAUAUUGUAUAUAGAUACGUAUCUCUGCUAUCGGAGCACCGGAGGGUAAUACUCUGCGGGCCGAGCGGCACUGGAAAGUCAUAUUUGGCGGCUAAAUUAGCGGAAUUUUACGUACAAAGGACGCAGCGAAGAGGAAAUCCUGUGGAAGCCGUGGCAACAUUCAACGUGGACCGUAAAUCCUGCAACGAGCUGCGCGCGUACCUCGCGAACAUCGCGGAGCAGUGCGGCGGCGCGGGCGAGGAGCUGCUCCCCGCCGUGGUCGUGCUCGACAACCUGCAGCACGCGUCUGCUCUUGGGGAUGCCUUCGCAGGGCUCCUGCCGCCCGAUAAUAGGAAUAUGCCUGUUAUCAUUGGCACCAUGUCCCAAGCUACAUGUAACACGACAAAUCUUCAACUACAUCAUAACUUCAGGUGGCUUCUCACCGCCAAUCACAUGGAACCGGUCAAAGGAUUUCUGGCAAGGUACCUCCGUAGGAAACUGUUUUCACUGGAACUAAGGCUAGGUCGAAGAGAGCCUGCUCUAGCGGCAGUGUUGGAAUGGCUUCCAGGCGUCUGGUCGACCCUAAACGCGUUCUUGGAGGCGCAUUCGUCUAGUGACGUCACAGUCGGACCCCGUUUGUUCCUCGCUUGUCCAAUGGAUUUAGAAGCUAGUCAGGCAUGGUUCGCAGAUGUAUGGAACUACAGCAUAGUACCAUACGCGUCAGAGGCGGUGAGGGAGGGCGUGGCGCUGUACGGGCGCAGGCGCCACGCCGCCGUCGACCCCUUGCAGCACGUCAAAUCCACCUACCCGUGGAGAGAACCCAAUCAUUCUCAUACUCUUCGACCAAUAACGGUUGAAGAUGCUGGUAUGGAAGAAGCAAAUCAAGAUGCAAACACAAACAAUAAUCAAGAUCCAUUGUUGAACAUGUUGAUGCGGCUUCAAGAAGCAGCCAACUACAGCGGCAACCAAAGUCAAGAUUCAGACAACGCGAGUAUGGAUUCGAAUCUCACACACGACAGCUCUAUGGGCAACGAGCUU